AAAUGUGGUGAGCUUCGAAACAAAUUAAUGAUGUUGACCACAAAUCCCGUUGCCAACAUGUACGGUACUUACCAGAGACGCCGUUGUUCUUUUGUGCCGUGGUUGGUCGGCCAAUUUAACGACAUAAUCGAAUGGAAAACUCAGGUUGCUCAGAACGACCUAGAAUAUCAGGCUCAACGAGCAAACAAUUCCAGCAACUACCAACGCCGUUACUCAAAUACAAGCGAAUCUUUCGCACAAUCUGGCCUGCAGCGGUCAGCCACCGACAGUUCCAUUAAUCGCUGCUUUCAAUAUCAAUCAUCAUCUGAUUUAAAUUGUCAUCUAAAUGAAAAACAGCAACGUCCUCUAUCACCGUCGAAAAAGAGACGAGUGAUUAAAUUACGAUUACGAAAAGGCCAAGAUGAUCUGGAUCAUAAAUUGAGCCAACUACGUCAUGAAACUAUCGAAAAUCGAAUUGAUGAGUCCAACGAUGAAAAUGUUGAUGAAGUAUCAUCAUCGAACAUCACUAUUGUUGAACCAGUUGAGAUAACAUCAGCUCAGAUUGAUUCAAUCGAAACUGUCCUUGUCGAACAUAUGGUUUCCAUCGCUAUCGACAAUAAAGAAGAAAUUAAGCCAUACGAAAACAAUGACCAAUUGAUUACCGACAUUCAAGAGGUUGAACGGCCAAUAAGUCCGAAGCCAACUAUAGAUGAAAACAACAAUGCAAUGCUAGAGAUGGAUAAGCCAUCCGAACCAGAAAAAGUCAAGCAAUCGAUGAAUUCAUAUAAUGUGCUGUUGGAGAAGCUGGCCAGCUCGUAUCGACAUCAUUUCCAGAUGAAAACUGUUUUUAAACAGAAUGCUGGUAUAGAAAAACCAAUGGGAAAACAAACUUCAAUCAGCAGACAUUGUUUCUGUGGUAAAGAAUUUAACUUUUCAGACAAAUAUUUACAAUGUUUCAACUGUUUGACUGGGUGUCAUACAAACUGUGGUCAAAUAGUGCCUAGGCCAUGUAUUAGAUAUGUGGAUCCUUUUAUAAGACCCAGUAAGACGAUAGCUAAUUACAUAUUUCCUCGUUCAAAGCCUUUAAUACCGGCCUUAUUAGUUCAUCUAUGCGGGCAAAUCGAACGAGAAUGUCAAAAAGAUGAUUGCUCAAGUGGUAAAUUGUCUAGUUUCGAGCUAUACUACAUUCAUAGUGAGAUGCUCAAACCGGUCAAAGAUCAAUGCAAACGACUGCUUCAAGAUGCAAAACAUGGCUUCCCUCGGCUUGAUGAAUGUAACUUGGAUCAUUUAUGCGGUAUGGUCAAAUACUUCCUGGGUGAAAUGAUAGAACCACUUUUUCCAAAACAGCUAUGGAAAGAUUAUUCACCUCUAAUUCACAAAAAAAGUGACCAGGAACUUCGAGAAAAACUGUUAGAAUCACUUAAACAAUUCAACGCGGCUAAUCUACAUAGCCUAUGCUUCAUUCUGGUUCAUCUUAAACACCUGAUUCGUUGUGGCUUUCAAAAUGGUGACAUAUUGACUGAUAUAUUUUGUCCGAUAUUGAUGGGCGAACUUGAAUACAAACGCAAACUACGCUUAAUGAAGCUCAUGUUCGAUCUAGAAGAGAAAAUUCUUGUUUCUUUUGCUCAAUUAUAACUUAACAUCCCAUUUAUUAUAACCAAACGUAAAAAAAGUCAUUAACUAACACUAAAGUAUCCAUAGAAAUGGCAUUAAAUAUGAUUCC